AGUCGUACACCCAACUGAUGCAAAAGGACCAUGAAAACUUCAGUGUACGGGACAGUGGAUUUGUCAUUAGUGAGAAAUAUCCCUUUAUUGGAGCCUCACCAGAUGGUAUUGCUUCCUGUGACUGUUGUGGUGAAGUAUGUAUUGAAAUCAAGUGUCCUUAUUGUAAGAGGGAUUCAGUUAUUAAAGACUCACUGGAUAGCAACUUCUGUCUAGAAAAGCAUGGGGACCAGCUUAGAUUAAAAAAGACCCACCAAUAUUACUACCAAAUCCAGCGUCAACUCUUUGUUUGUGAGAAAGAGUACUCAGACUUUGUUGUGUGGACAAAUGUGGACUAUCAUGCAGAGAGAAUAGAUGUAGACCAGGAACUUUGCAAGGAAAUUGUGAAGAAGUCGUCGACUUUCUUUUUGAGGGCGAUAUUACCUGAAUUGAUCGGAAAGCUAUACUCUCGUCCUUUGGCUACAUCAUCUAUCAUUAACUCUGCGGAACAAAGAACAGACAUUUCUCCCAGUGUAAGUGUACAGGACACCAGUGAAGAUUCGAACAGGUUGAUAUGUGUGUGUCAGUCUGUAUACAACCCAGAUACAGAUUCUGUAAUUGGAUGCGACAAUGAAAACUGUCCCUAUGUAUGGCUCCACUUCAAGUGUGUAAAAAUUAAGAGAAUACCAAAAGGUGACUGGUUUUGUCAAGAGUGCAGAAAAAUGUGAUUCAAAUGA